AUGAUGACCAUUUGGACAGUUCAGAUGGGGGGACCGUUCCAAUCCUCAUUUGGUAGGACACAUUCAUUCAACAUGUGCCAUCCCCGGACUGCAGGGAAUAUAUAAUGUUGUAAGUCAUCUCUUGCACUCCCAUAAUAAAAUGAUGUAAUGAACUCAACAGGACGAGUUAAUGUUCUCUAAUGCAGCAAAUGUAAUCCUUUUCUAGAGGCAGAUGAUCACCAUAGCUUGGAGGACAGCCCGAUACACCUACAGCAGCCAGGAGGGAGGAUUGUGUCACUAACCCAGGCCGGAGGACAAAGACUAAGAGGCUGAGCAUGCAGGAGAAACUGGCCAUGGAAUUUCAUGAGCGCAAACUAAUGUAUUUCAAAUAA